AACCGGAAUACCUCUUUGCGGUCCAUUAUCUCCCGUGAACGGCCAUCGUCCCCCAAUACAAACAUUCACAGCGUUUCGGACUUUCGGUUAUCAUGUCUGUUGAGCUGGAUCCAAGCGAGUUGAGCUUCAAGAGGCCCUUCGACCAUGAAGUCUCACAAAUCCUCAGCUUGCGGAAUCCGCAUGAUGAUCCCGUUGCCUUCAAGGUGAAAACAACCGCGCCCAAGCAAUACUGCGUUCGACCAAAUUCUGGACGCAUCGAUCCCGGCGGCACCGUUGAAGUGCAAGUUCUCCUUCAAUCGAUGCAGAAAGACCCGCCUGCAGACUUCAAGUGUCGCGACAAGUUCCUUGUCCAAUCCGUCGGCAUCGCCAAGGAUACCGAUGUGUCCAACGUCGCAUCGAUCUGGUCUCAAAUCGAACAAACCGCCAAAAGCACCAUCCAAGAACGCAAGAUCCGCGUCGUCUUCCUUCCCGCCGAUGGCGACGCUCCCACCUCGACCCCCGCCAAAGCCCCCAACGGUAUCAAAGAUGAACUCUCCUCCUCCCAAUCCAUCCUCCCCAUCACUCCAGGCACCUCCCGCGCGAACUCCACCGCCCGCUCCGAACCCUUGAGCACCCCGACCACCUCCGACAAAUCCAAGGAAUCCAAGCCCAUCCCGACCGCCAUCUCCGAGAAAGCCAACGCCACAUACGCCGAGCUGAAGCAGCAGCUCGCGGCCGCGAACGAGCAGAUCCUCAAGUUGAAAGAACAGGCGCAGGAAGGGUUGCGCCAGCGGAAGCCGACCAGCCAGGAGACGAAGUCGACCGGCGCGGGCGGCGCGGGGAACUUGGCGACGGCGAACCGCAAUCCCCCGCAGAACGGCGUGCCGCUGCAGAUCACGGCGCUGCUGUGCUUGUUGAGCUUCUUGCUCGGGUGGUGGUUGUUUUGAGCGGUCGAGUCACGGCCUCCGCGUGGGGGUUGGGAUGUGGGGAGAUUCCAGAUAUAUGGUAACUCGGUUGGCAUCCCCAUCGUUGCAACCUGAGG